GUGGCAUUUGUUGUGAGCUUAAAACCCUUUAAUAACAUCAUAACUUUGUACAUGAUGGGUCUCUCUUUGUCCGCAAUUGCAAUAUGUACAGCGCUAGCCUGUGACAUUCAGGCUAUCUUAAAUCUAUCACAAACUCCGAGAAAUCUCGAUGAGACUUGUGUGGGUCCAACAUUUCACUUCAGUGAUGUCGACUCAGAGAUGUUUCCAUGAGAUUCUGCAUCAACCCUACCUACCUCACUUCCUCAUUGUGAUGAAAACGUUUCUGGUAGAAUGAGGAGUGCACCACCUUCGGAUUGCGCACGGAUUCGUCUCGAACUCGAGAAUUUGUUGGAUCUGGCGAAUUGAUCCACUUCGAACGGACCCGACGCUGCAGCCCAGCUUGCCAACAAGUCAUUCUCACCGGAGAGUCCCAGGAAAUUGGAAUUCGCCAGGUCGGCCAUGGGGCCUUGGGGUUGCCCCCAGUUCAUAGCAUACGUCGGUCCAAUCGUUUUCCAGUAUUCGUGAAUCGAGGAAGAAUGUAUUUCCCCAGCACCUGCGAAAUGAUCAGAAACCCCAUCGCUCUGAACAGCACUUGAAGAUCUGAUGAUACUGGAGAUCAGUAUCACCAUAAGGAAGCAUUGACAUCCCUUUCCUGGCAUUUGCAUUGACGAUUGCAAACACUUGAUUGCAGAGCAGAGCACGGUCGGAGCUAUAAUCCGGAUUCCACAAUAGCCGGGACCUCACUGAGUCCACAAUUUUGACAAUCCCUUGAUUACAGUGGCAGAUUAACACCGCCGACACCUGACACGCCUCGGAAUUAAGGAUCAGAAUCCUCCGACCAUCAGAUGAAUUUCGUAAUAAUGGCAAGAGGCCGCUAUCAAUCUCUCCGCUGCAGAGAAUAGAUAUGGCUUGUGAUCAGACUCGAAGCGAUUACGAUUCUCUUCGACCUCUCGAGGACAGAGAGGUUCGACUGACAACUGCGUGCUGGGGACAGCAGGGAACGAGAUUCUGCGACGAAAUAGAUGAAUCUGAAAUCAGCAGCAGCUGCUCGUAAUCAGUUGGGGAUGAUAAUGAAGAAGGUGGCUUCACAGCACCGAAUGAAGGAAACGGCGAAUGAUGAAAGAAGUUAUAGGGACCAGCCCCAUCGCCAGCCGCGCCUGCAACGGAGGGAGGGAAUAUGCGUGUGCGAGAGCAGCAGAAAGAUCGAUGGAUCUGACGAAGUGGGAAUUACGCACGUGCGCGAUCGGACGCGGGUCGCAGCCGCUGUGCAAUGAAUUUCGACGAACAAAGACUGGCAACAGAAUCCACGAAAGGUCAAUGUCUGACUGGGUCACAGUUG